CAGAACGACAUGGAUUAAAAGAACCAAAGAAAGUGGAAGAGCUAUGCAACAAGAUCACUAGCAGCUUAAAAGAUCACUUAGCUUUCAGCUGCCAAAACAAAGGACAGCCCCUUGAGUCUGCAGAGCCUAAAGUACUAGGUGUUCUUGCUGACUUGCGUUCUCUCUGCACACUGGGACUGCAGCGCAUCUUUUACCUGAAACUGGAAGAUUUGGUGCCACCCCCUUCCAUUAUUGACAAGUUGUUUCUGGAUACCCUACCUUUCUGAGUCUCAGAUUACCCUCAUGAAAGGCUAAUGCCCACCAGAGCAGGCAAAUGGAUUGUGACUUACUGCUAACAUUUCUGCCCUCGCAUAACAAAAAAGCAACUCCAGCCCUAAAAUGAGGACUUUUCAGAUGCUUUUUCCUUGCAAACUAAGGCCUAAAAUUAAAUGGCUUACUAUUUCGGGGUUGUGCUCUUGUUUUUGUUUAAUUUUUGUGUGAUUAGGGUUUUUUUACAAAUUGCUAAUAAGGCACUUUUGGACAAUGCUAUCCCAGCAGUAAAAGGUUAACAAGACUGUUUUAAAUCUAUUGUGUUUAACACCUCGUCAUAUAUGGGGAAUACAAAUGUAGAAGCUGUGUUUGAAAACAAGAACAACAAAUAGUUGUUUGCCAGGGUAGUAUGUGUUUUGUGAUGAUACCUUUAGCAUACUUCCUGUAUCAAGGGCACACAUAUUGGCACAAAUUAAACAAAAGUUCACUUUUUUUAACAAAGUACAUUCAACUGAAUAUUUCGUAUAAAUCAGAUAUAGCAAAAUGACAAUGGCUGUUAGCUCCCAUGUUCAAGUGCAAUUUUUUAAAGUGCUGUCUUACUACGUCUUGUUUAUUAACUAAUUUAUUUUAAUAUGAAAAUCAAAUUGAAGAAAUCAAGUGAGAAGAUUACAUGCACUAACUUACACGACAGAGUUUCCCAAACUUGAAUCCAUGUAGUGUGACUUACUGACAAAUGUAUGUGGAAGACACAGGGACAAUUUGUGAUUCAGUUGAGCACUUGUUCCUUAGAUAAGGAAGUAAAAGUAAGUAGUGAUUGGAACGCACAGGGUCAGCAUCAGGGAUAGUUAAGUUUUAGAUUUAAUCUAGUAACAAGUUAGUAAACAGACACAAGACGGUUUUGAAGAACAAGCAAGUCUUGUAAAAUAGUAUGAAUGUAAGAGCUAGGAAGGCUAUAGUGGGCUGCGUUUAAACAUUCCGUGUUCGUACUCCUUUUUUGUAUGUUUAUACUGUUGAUGCCAUAUUAAUAUGAAAUAAUUUGUUGCAUAGUGUCUUUAUUUGUAUAAACGUUUGUAUGCAUGGUAUAUUGUAAUGGCUUUGCCUGUAUUUAUUGCAAUGACUGCCAGCUCAUGGGAGCCGUGUUACACAAAGUAACUAAAUGGGGUGUUCACACUGACUCAGAUACACCAGUUAGAGAACUAUAUAUAUAUGUGUGUGUGUGUAUAUAUACAUAUAAAUAUGUGUGUGUGUAUAUAUACAUAUAUAUAUAUACAUAUAUACAUAUGUGUGUGUGUGUGUCUUUUUAUUAACCAUUUGUAUAUAAAAUAUCUGUCACUUCACAAGCAAAGUUAUUUUACAGUUUAUUUGCAGUGACUUUUAAGGCAGUACUGUUUAGCACUUUGAUAUUAAAAUCUUGCUCAUGUUUUGCUAAAUUCAAAUAAUAUUUAAAUAUUUUAGUUCUAAAAAAACAUUAUAUGCACUGUAUUAAGUCAAAAUUUUGUUGAUCAUUUUGCUAAGAAAUUUUUUUUGAAUGUCAACCUGAUGUCACUGUAUCUUUUGUUAGCUUUAAACAUUCUAGCUUUUUGUCUUUUUUUUAAACUAUGCUGUUUAUAUGGAAAUUAAAUUAUACUAUCAAACAGAUGCCAAAUGAAUUGCCUAAUUGCUGCAACAGAUAACCCAGAUAUCAAAUCAUUGUAUUGUUUUCAAGUAGUCAUCUGGUAUUUGAUCACUUAUUAUGUUUGGAUGUGCUUUUAUGAAAAUUAUUCUUAUAUCAAGAUUUCUAGUAGUGUCAAUAGGAAAACAGACUUCUAAUCACUAUAGUCAAUAUUUCCAGUUUACCUGAAGAUAAUAUUUGGAAGCGUUUUACUUUUAGUAUUGACUUUUAAGCUUAUGUGCAAACAUAAUAGUAUAAUUAAAUAUCAGAGAAGCUAAAAUUUCUUGUAGGUUGGUGUCAGAUGCCUGAUCUGCAAGACAAAUCCAUUUUGACUGAAUUUGAAAUUUUGUAUAUAAUUUGUAUACACAAACGCGCACACACACACACUAGACAUCCAAAAGUGUGUUUACUUCUGUCCCUUUGUGUAAAACAAGAUGCCUAAACACCGUUGAGGAUCUGGGCCAAGGUCCCUUGAGAAAUCAUCUUUAUUUCAGGACAAAUCCUGAAAGCUGCGGAGCAUCCUUAGUUCCAAGCUGAGGACUUUCAGAACUUCAUGGGACUGGGCCCUCAAAAAGUAUUUUCACACGAAUCAGCAUCGUUUUUCUAGGAACAAGAUACGUUUACUAGGAAGCCUGUUUUUGAUGGUAGCCGGUCCAGAGCCCUAUGUUAGACUUCAUGUCGCCAAUGUGCUUCAGUUUUCCAUAGACGUUCUUUAUUGUGAUACUCUCCAACAUCAUGUAAUCUGUGGAAUAUCCUUCACAUUUAUUUAAAUUCACAAAAUUUAUUUGUGCAGUAUGAUCAAUGACGGAUCAUGAUAGCAAAAGAAAGAAUUAAAGAAGAUUAGCCUACUACUUUUGUUCGAGCUCUCUCAGUGUGAACAUGCCUUUUUGCAGGCUGAAUUCAGGAAUAUAUCAGCUGUUAGAGGAGAGUGCCUUGCUUUUAUUUCAGACAACAGAGUAUUUCAAAAGUUUCUCUGCUCUUCUAACAGCAGUGUGGGUUUUUUGGUUUUUGUUAAGCUGUGGGUUGAAAGAAAUGCUCUUGUACAUAUACAAUGUAAAUUAAAAACUAUUAAAUUGAAUAACAUUUUUUCAGA